GCUAGUUGGUUGGCGCCGCUUCUCUGGUUUUCUGGACAUCCAGAUCGCUCCCAUCUGUGCCUGGCGUAAACCCGUUGCGCACUGCUGCUGCCUCUUCCCAGACUAAUUUGAGACAGCGCUUUGAACCCCGAGUGUUCUGGAGUUAGAGUUGUGAAUGUGUUAGGUGCGCUGCUUAGUUUGUCCUCGGAGCCUGAUCACAGUUUGGUUACAAAACUGCACCAGCAAAACAAGCUAUUUUCUUUUCAUUAAGAGGACUUUGAAGCAGGAUUUCAGCAUGGAUACAGACAGCGAUUCUAUCGGGGAAAGUAAGCCGGUGUGUCAGUGUACGCCCAAGUCCCUGGUCCAGCGGUGGCUUUCGGGUUUUCCCAUCGCUCUGUGUUUGCUGAUGUCCCUGAGCUCCGUCACCGUGUGUCUUCUGAUGAGCUUCAGGACCUACCAGCUGGAGAACCGGCUGCAGAUGGAGAUGGACAAAGCGUCCAGCUUCCACCCGCAGCACAGGGUCUUUCUAAACGAAGAUGGGACCCUAAUUCCAGAGCUGAGCACACCAAUAGGGAGGCUCGUGGAAGAGAAAGUGGUGGUGCUGAUGCCGAAAUUGCGGACAACUAGGGAUGUUGGCCAAGAGUGCUCCUGUCCUCCAGGACCUCCAGGAAAGCGUGGAAGGAUGGGAAGAAGAGGGGAACCUGGACCUCCUGGCAAGGCUGGACGGGAUGGAUACCCGGGUCCUCUUGGCUUGGAUGGGAAACCAGGUUUACAAGGUCCCCAGGGAAGCCAGGGACCAGCCGGACCCAAGGGUGAAAAGGGUGACCAAGGAGACGUUGGGCCAAGGGGUCCUAACUACAGCACAUACGCAGGUCUGCACAGUAAUCAGAUUCUCACCGUCAAGGGUGACCAAGGCCAAGCUGGACCUGCUGGUCCUCCCGGUCCUCCAGGUCCUCCUGGUCCCCGAGGCCCCCCUGGGAACACAGGCAAGGACGGGCCUCGUGGCCCUGCUGGAGAGCCGGGUUUUCCAGGUCGCGAUGGCGCUGAGGGGCCUCAAGGAUUACCUGGGAAGCCGGGAGAAAAUGGUGAGCCUGGAUAUGCAGGACCACAGGGUCCUCCGGGAGCAAAGGGUGAACCAGGUAUGGGAGAAAAAGGAGAGAGAGGCAUGGAUGGACUCCCAGGAUUAAAGGGAGACAAAGGAGAAAUAGGAGAGCAAGGACCACAGGGACACAUGGGUUAUCCUGGUGAAAAAGGCGCUACAGGCUCCUCAGACAUUAUUGACUUCAAUGGGAAGCUUCUAGAUGCUUUCCAGGCCAUCAACACCAUCAGUGUUUCGGGCCCACCUGGACCACCUGGACCCCCAGGCCCAAUGGGGGAAAAGGGUGAGCUUGGUUUGCCUGGACCAGCAGGAGUUGAUGGGGAGAAGGGACCUAAAGGUGACAUUGGUGAGACAGGACCACCUGGCGAGAGAGGAGAGAAGGGAGAAAUGGGGCUCUCUGGGCCUGCUGGUAUGGACGGACAGAAAGGAGAGAAAGGCGACUGCAGAAUGGAUGACAACCUGGUUCAGAUGAUUUCCCAGCCAGGCCCACCUGGCCCGCCUGGUCCACCAGGGGUUCCUGGGUCCCCUGGAUCCACGGGGCUGCACGGGAUGCCUGGUCCUAAGGGUGAGCCUGGAUUCGGGAUGAAGGGAGAGAAGGGGGACGUUGGUGCUCCUGGACUCAAAGGAUUAGUCGGCCCCCAGGGCAUACCUGGGUCUGCAGGGUUAGUGGGUCUUCCAGGUGCAAAGGGAGAAAAAGGCAGACCAGGGGAGCCUGGGCUAGAUGGUUUCCCAGGUCUGAUGGGAGACAAAGGUGACCGAGGGGAAAGAGGAGAGAAAGGUGACAGGGGAGCAGUGGGAAAGAGGGGUCUAAAGGGCCAGAAAGGGGAGCAGGGUCCUCCAGGCCUGGACCAGCCUUGUCCUGUGGGAUGUGGUGAGAUUAAAGGUCUGUCUGAGAAGGCGGGGCUUUCUUCCCCUUCACUUGCUCCUCUUCCUCCUUCCGGCCCUGAGGCCCCCUGUCCUGUGGUACAGUAUCUCUUCCUCCUUCCUCCUCCCCUUGCAUCCCUAUCUAUGCAUGUUGCUAUUUUCUAUUCAAAUACCAAAGACGACUUUUUCAUCUCCCAGAUAAUGCACAUGCUCACCAUACCAUACUUUAUGUACGUCUAG